UAUAAAAGAUAAAAAGAGUAAACAAGCCCAGUCCUCGCCCACGACAAAGUGCACUCGUUUUACAUGACUCUGCUUAAAUAAAGCGUAAAAGGUCAAAGGGGCGUUUACAAUGUCAACGGCUGUUUUAAAUACCAGCUUUGAGUUGUGCGUUCUAAUGCGUGUGUGGGGAUAUUCAGUGCAUUCACAAUCAUGGGAACCGCAACGCCGUUGUCUGUUGUGACCCGGAUACACAUACCCGGUAUAACUGGAACACGCACCACUGCUAAAUCGGGCUAAAAUCGGUUCUGAGAGCAGAGACAACUUCGGGGAACUUUAAAUCCGUUUCUCAUGUGGUCAUCGGCAACAUGAAUGGAUCAACAACAGUUUAACCAAAUGGGUGAAGGGGAUUCAGACAACUUAGCACCCGGAAUAGCGAGAACAGAAGUGGGAGUAGAAAAUCCAUGCUACAGAGGUAUGGAUGACCAGACGGGUACCAAUGGCAUACCUCGCCAGGCCGAGGUGGAGAUAAAAAAUCCAAGCAAACAGAACGCCUCCUCCAGUCCUGAUGCAGAGGAAGACGCACUGCAAGAUGAAGACUUCGUGCAGUACGGCUGGCUAUCCUUCCGGCCAAGUUGGCUGCAGUUCAUCAACAACCCGAAGGGCUAUCUCGUAUUCCUCUGUUGGUUUGCUUUGGUCCAGGGAAUGACCGUCAAUGGUUUCGUCUACGUCAUCACCUCGACGCUUGAGCGACGUUUCGUCCUUCCCAGCGUGCAAAGCGGCUCCAUCAGUAGCUGUUACGACUUCUCCGUCAUGAUCAUCAUCGUCUUUGUCACCUACUUCGGCGAGAGUAGCCACAAGCCCAAGUGGCUAGGCACGGGCGCCUUCAUCUUCGUCUUGGGCUCACUUACCUUUAUGCUGCCACACUUUAUCACCCCAGACUAUGACGUUACCCCCUCUGACGUUGACACCUGCGACCCAAGCCGGCAGGAACCCGGUCAAUGUCUUGAAGGGGACUCCAGCCUGCGAAACUACUUCUGGAUGUUUGUAGCUGCGCAGGCGCUGCAUGGCAUAGGUGCUUCCCCCUUGUACACAUUAGGAGUUACCUACCUGGAUGAAAACGUUAAACCAGCUUAUGUUUCCAUCUACGUGGGCAUUUUCCAGGCAAUCACCACACUUGGUCCUGCUGUCGGAUACCUAGUGGGAGGACUCUUCCUGGGAAUUUACACCGAUUUUCCCAAACAACCACCGGGGGGCAUAUCUGAUGACCAUCCUUUGUGGGUGGGAGCCUGGUGGCUGGGUUCCGUCAUGCCAGCCUGCCUUGGAAUACUCGUGGUGUUACCUCUCUAUGGCUUUCCAAGGUACCUAAAAGAUCACAAAAAGGUUGCAGCGCUAAGAGUUGCUGAAAAUCAGAAAGGGACGGAUUUCAAGUCUAGAAGUGAUUCAGAGGGCUUAGUAGGCGGCAUCAAAGAUUUCCCAAUUGCGAUUUGGACUCUGAUUAAGAAUGCUCCUUUCAUGUUUAUCAACCUUGGUCUCAUCACGGAGUGGAUGAUCCUCUCGAGCAUUGCUGCUUUCGGCCCCAAGUUCCUGGAGUCGCAGUUCAACAUGUCGUCUGGUUCCUCUGCCAUCAUUGCCGGGGCGAUAACCAUCCCAUCUGGACUGAUCGGCGCAUUGAUCGGUGGAUUCCUGGUCAAAAAAUUCCACCUGCUGUUCCGCGGAAUGAUCCGGCUCUGCAUCGCGUCGCUCAUCACGUCCUUUGUGCUCAUGGCCGGCUUCUUCUUCAGCUGCCCCAGCUUGAAGUUUGCAGGGGUCAACACGCAGUAUAAUGACACAUCACUUGACUAUGGAGGGAAGUUCAACCUAAUUUCUGAGUGCAACAGCAACUGUAGCUGUGAUACAUCUUACAAUCCCGUAUGUGGAGACAACAAUGUUAUGUACUACUCAUCCUGUCAUGCCGGUUGUACGGAAAAACUGGGCAAGAACGAUGACGGGUACCAGGCUUACUCCGGGUGUGAGUGUGUUUCAGCGAACCAGACUGUGCUGUCUGACAGGGCGGUGGCAGGGAAAUGCUCGGCUGAAUGCGGUUACAUGUGGGGCUUUAUCGUUGUCAUCUUUGCUAUGGCGUUGUUUACAUUCAUCGCCGUAGUCCCGACAAUUACAGCUACUAUAAGGUGUGUUUCCCACUCGCAGCGUGCGUUUGCACUUGGUGUUCAAUCUCUUCUGUAUCGGGCAUUAGGGACCGUACCGGGACCUAUCAUCUUUGGUAGCAUCAUCGAUAAAUCUUGCAUCUUGUGGGAGGAAUCCUGCGACGGCGCACGCCAGUGCUGGCUCUACAACAACAGCGAGAUGAGCAUCAAUGUCUUUAUCCUGCUUGCCAGCCUCAAGCUCGGCUCCUGCAUCUUCUACAUUCUCUGCUAUUUUUUCUACAGGGCGCCCCCUGGCGGCGACAGCGCCGACAGCAAGGUGGGCGACGUCAAAAUGGCGUCGGACGGAAAGGUGGAGGGUGUGGUGAAUACAACUCAGAGUACAGAUUUUUAGCCUGAUAGCGAGUAAUAAUCGGUUGGUUAGGGAGUGAUAGAGAUUCUACAAAAGCUUUCGGCUGAAUAUGACAUGCUCAUCGCACAAUUUUCAUAACUCAUUGUUACAUUUGCACAAUUAGAGACUUUGCAGUAUAUUCAUUCACGUUUCACUGAUAACAAUUAAUAAAUGGUGUCUAUGUGAUGAUAAUACACUUCAAAUAGUACCAACAGACUUAUAUUUUUGCACUUUUCUUAAUUCUAGGCCUGUGUGGAAAACAACAUUUGCUGUAAAUGCCAUAUAAACUUCAGAACAAAUUUUUCAGACAUUCCAUUUUUGAUAUUCGGUCUGCGUUUUCUGUUAAUGGUACAUUACGUUAUUUGAAAGAAUAUACAGUGCCUUCCUCAAAAGAAUUAACUCUUGCUGCCAUGAAGAAGGAACACAAGUGAAUGGAGUUAAAACGAAAAAGCAAAAAUUAAGGAACACAUGUAUAAUAACAAAUUUGAGGGAUAUUUCGUUCUUGUAUAGAACUCGAGAUUUCAGUACAUAAAUGCAUCAAAUUAUUAACUGCCCGCUGGACACAGCACUUUAAUAGCUUUAAACUAUGCAUUUUAAGGACCUUUAAUGCGCUCUAAUGUUUUUGAAGUUUUGAGUUUCUGUUAUUAGUGAAUUAAAACUGUAAAUAUAUAUGUUAAUGUAUUCUAAUUUCCAAGAUCUGUUGGUAAUCCAUUUAUGAACAUUUAAUCUAGAUAGUGGGAAGUCUGAAUAAAUCCAUGAUUUAAUUUGCAACGAC